UGUGAAAAGAUGAUCAAUCCUCAUAUAAGUUUCAAACCGUAUUCAUUGAGGAAGGGGAAUAACCACUUUGUGAAGAGACAAAUGUACGCUUUAAAACAAGCAAAUUCAAGACUCAGCAACCAAAGGGAAAGAGAGAGGGUCAAAACUCCUGGGAAAAUAAGAUCGGUGAAGAGAAACUCAAUGAAAUACAGAAGGAGAAAGUAUGAUCUCUAUGAUAAUAUUAACUCAUGUAUCACUUUCCAAGCAGCAAGCACUAGAGAUGAUAUUAAUAGCUAUCAUAAUGAGAUAAGGGACUCAGGAAAUUCUCAUAUCCAGAACUUCAAGAAAUUUAACAUAUUUGAAAACAUUGCUGUUCCUGAUGCCAAGUUUGAUAUCUUCAGAGGUACUCCAGACAGCACUGCUACUAAAGGUUAUAAUGUAAAUGGAUUUAAAGAGUUUGACUUGAUCAUGAACAACAAAUUUAAUAGUGCUUUAAAGAAAUCUAUCACAAAUGAACAGUUUAAAAGAAGACACAUGAUAAAGCACAACCAAGAAAUAACUAGUUUAAAGAAACUUCAUGAUGAAAGGAAUCGUAAGGCUAUAAAUAGUAAAGGGCAGAGCCAGAAUCCUCCUCAGAUUAACAGUAGAAGCUUGAUUGCUAAGAAGUCGUGCAAUAAAAAGGUUAUCGUCCCUUGGAGCAGAACUUCACAAAAUCAGAAGAAUAUUUCAUGUGAUGUUGAGAUCAAACGGGAAAGGCCAAGCGGAUUUAAGAUGAAAAUAAAGAAAGAAAACUGAUAUGACAGCUUGAGUAAAAAUAGCCUGAACCAAACGAAACUCUAUCAGGGUGAUCCAAACUCCAAGAUGAAUAUAGUAGAGAAUGAACAAUCAGAGCAAAAACCAGGGUCUAGGAAGAACACUGAUGGAAGUGAGCAUCCAGAAGCAGAUGGAGAAAAAUCAACCAGUGCUGGUGGUAACAAAGUCAAACUUGAUUUAAGAGAUCUAGUUGACGUAAAGGAUACCAAUGGAGCCUUUCCUGAGAAAAGAUUCAAUGAAGAAGGCUCCUGGGAUCAGGAUAAGAAAUUCAUCGAGAUCUACAAGCAGCAUUUGAAGGAAUCAAAAGUUAUCAGCUCUAGCAGAACUGAUUUGAGGAUUCAGGAAAAGACAAAUGAAUAUGAUAGUAAUUAUGUCAAGACCAGCUAUGGAAUAAAAUUUUUGGAUACGAAAGAAACAAGUGACCUUCUUCUCACAAAUUCUUCCAACAAGAACCUCUCAGCAAGAGAGUUUAUCAAACAAAAAUCUCAUAAGAGUCAUGACUCUGCAGUGAAAGCUGUGGGGCUCCCUCAGAUCAUGUCAACUUCACCGUACAGGAAAAAGGCAAGACUUUUAGUAAUUUUUUAGA